UUGCCUUAUCCUAUACCACACACCUACACUACACUUCACACAGUUAUCUCAAACAUCAUGCUCCAACACAUAGCAUCACAACACAAAAUCAAAUAAGCAAUUAUUACUCAUACAAUACAAUGGCAUUGAGCUCCGGCUCUUGUUAUUCAAUUUCAACACAAUUCAGCAAAAUCCCUACAAAUUCUGUUUCUAUUAAUAAUCCCCGUAACGCUUUCUUAUGGUUGACAUCAUCAUCAGCGUCAGAUGAUUCGUCGAAACCCUCAUUUUCUGUUUCAGCUGGUUUGUCAUCUGCGCCAAAAGCUCGAUUUGUUGCUCGUCGGACUGAAUCCAUUUCUGUUCGUCCACUUGAACGGCCUCUACUGGAGUAUAUGAGCCUUCCUGCAAGUCAAUACUCUGUUCUGGAUGCUCAAAGGAUUGAGCGGAUCGAUGACAAUACAUUCAGGUGUUAUGUGUACACAUUCAAGUUUUUUGCUUUUGAGGUUUGCCCUGUUUUGUUGGUUCGAGUCGAGGAGCAACCCAAUGGCUGUUCUAUUAACCUCCUGUCUUGUAAGCUUGAGGGAUCCCCAAUUGUGGUCGCACAAAAUGAUAAGUUUGAUGCUUCUAUGGUGAAUAGAAUAUCAUGUGAUACUACGAACCAGAGCAAUUCAUCGAUGCAAAAACUCACGUCCGACACUGUUAUCGAGGUUAGCAUUGAUAUUCCGUUUCCUUUCCAAGCAAUCCCGGUUCAAACUAUUGAAUCAACUGGCACUCAAGUCCUUGACCAAAUACUUAAGAUCAUGCUUCCCCGGUUUAUGGCUCAGUUGGUGAAAGACUACCAAGCGUGGGCUUCCGGUGACACCUCAAGGCAGCCUCUUGGAACCGGAAGGAUAUGAUGUGAUAUGAUAUGAUACUUUUCUAGUGCUGCAUUUUAUUGUUUCUUCCAACGUUACAGGAUAAUAUAAACUUAUUUUUGUGUAAUACAAAAUUUUAUAUUCGGUUGAACUUCUGUUUUGUGAUGGAAAGUAUCAUUUGGAUUCAUUAUA